AUGGAGGCUACCGUGCAGCACCCACCCGUCUUCCAGGAGGAGAAAAUCUCCAUCGAACCUGACCUAGGAGACCAACGGCAAUCGACAUUCAAGGCGCUGCCCGCACCGCCGAAGACGCCAAAGAGAGUGCUGAUGAAGUACCGAUUCUCUGGUGUGUUUCCACUCAUACUGUCGCUCGCCGCAUUCGCCCUCAGUCUAGUUGUGGUGCUGGCUGGACAGAACGUGGGCGUGUUAGAGGGGCAAUAUCUUGUCGCUGUACGUCACUUGUCAGCCAGUCAAUUUAUGAAUCUAACGCUCACGAACUUGGUCAAUCAGACAGGCAUCAAGGACUUCUACUACGCCUACCUCCAGAAGGUCUGUUCUGGGAGCGCCGGAGAAGACGGCAGCAACGCGGACAGAGCCAAGAUCGACGACUGCCGUAGCUACGAGGACGCAGGCCUAUCAGCUCUGAGCAGGAGGAUCCGCUCGUCACUCGUGGUGGGCGAGACGCGGGUGUCGGUCCCGCUGCUUGCCAAGCUCGUCUCUUCGCUCGAAAGCAUCCUGGGCACCCUGAACGCGCUGCGUGUAGCCAUCUUCGCCUUCCUCGUCAUCGCGCUCGUCGCGUCACUCAUGUCCGCCGUCUCGGUUCUGCCGGCCGUGUACUUCCCCCACUCGCGUCUCCUGGUCUACGCCAACGUGUUCUGGCCUGCGCUGGCGAGCGCGAGCGCGUUUCUCGCCGCAGUCAUAGCGUCAGCGAUAGCCGUGCUUGUCGGCGCUGUGGGUGGCUUCAGCAACACGGUCGGGGUUCAGAUUGGUCGGGGAGCAACAGCGCUGCUGUUUGUGUGGCUGAGCGCCGUCUUCACGGGCUUAGGCGCGGGCUACUGGGCCAGCGUGUGGUUUGUCGAGACCAGGAGGUCGAGCUUCAUGAAGCGCGGGCGCGACGAUGAUGAGGUGGGCAACUGGCGCGGUGUUGCGAGGGAGGUCUGGCGCGAUCUCAAUGGCAGGCGCAGGAAGCCCAGCAUGCGAGCAGGUCUCUAG